AUGAUGCCAUGGAACUACACCAGAGUUGAGGAAUUCAUUCUUCUGGGGCUGACCGGACGACCAGACUUGCAAAUUGCUUUAUUUGUGAUAUUUCUUGUCAUGUAUGCUAUAUCCUUUAUGGGUAAUACCCUUAUUAUUUUUGUCAGUAGUAUAAGCUCCCGUCUCCAUACACCAAUGUACUUCUUCUUGAGUAACUUAUCAUUUUUGGACCUUAGCUUUACCUCCAGCGUAGUUCCAAAAAUGCUUAUCAACUUUUUAUCACUGAAAAAAAGUAUAUCAUUUGAGGCCUGUUUUACCCAAAUGGUUAUACACAUGUGUCUAGGAGGCACAGAGUGCUGCCUUCUCUUAGCAAUGGCUUACGAUCGCUAUGUUGCUAUAUGCAGCCCAUUACGCUAUACCACAAUUAUGAAUCUAAGCUUAUGCGUUCAAAUGGCAAGUGGCUGUUGGAUUGGAGGCUCUAUAAACUCAUUAAUACAUACAUUCUUUGCUUUGCGGUUAUCAUUCUGUGGCCCAAAUGUCAUUAACCACUUUUUUUGUGAGAUACCAUCUGUACUAGAACUGGCUUGCACAGAUGCUUCUCUUAACAGGAACAUUAUUUUUUUCUGUGCUAUGUCAUUGGUUAUGGGCCCAUUUUUCCUCAUUCUCAUUACAUAUGGGUACAUUAUCUCCAGUAUACUUAAGAUCAGUACAUCAGUGGGCCGGAAGAAGGCUUUUUCCACUUGUGCUUCACACAUUAUUGUAGUCACUUUAUUCUAUGGUACAAUCAUUUUUAUGUACAUGAGACCAGGAGACACUCAUGUGGCCAACCAGGAUAAAAUGGCCACCUUGUUCUAUAGUGUUGUGACUCCAUUGCUCAACCCUCUCAUCUACACUUUGAGAAACAAGGAUGUUAAAGGAGCGUUGCUGGUGAUUAUAAGAAAAAAGCAUGUGCCAUAA